AUGUUAUCUCCAAUUGUAAGUGAUGGAGACAUGGUUGAUGUAUCUGGGCUGAUUUCUUUUAAAUGUGAAGCAAUAACUUGUCCUAGGAUUAACAUCAAAUCAGAAGGUUUGGUUGUCAAACCAGAGAGCUGUACAAAUGAAAGCCUCUCGUAUGCAACGGAAUGUCGGUUCACUUGCAAGGAAGGCUACCAAUUGAUAGGAACAGGACUUAAAACUUGUACUCAGUCAGCAAACAUGCUUCCGACAGUAAAUCCAUCAUGCAAAGAUGUAGCUCCACCAAAGUUCUCGUCUUGUCCUAAAAAUAUUUUAGUCACAGCUGCAAGGGAAAAAACGUCCUCCAAAGUCGAAUGGGUUAUUCCUGACGUCAUGGAUAAUUCUGGAAUUCCGCCCAACGUGACACUACAUGGCAAAAAUUCGGGAACCAUUUUCAAUCCAGGAGAUCACGUCAUACGUUACUCUGCAACCGAUAAAAGAGGGAACCUUGCCGAAUGUACCUUCAAGGUUUUUGUUUCAGUGGUCCGCUGUUUGCCUAAGUUAGCUGCCUCUCCGGGUGGUAAAAUGGAAUGCAGCAAGAACAACAUUUAUGGUUCUGUAUGCACUUUUGCUUGUCGCCAUGGCUACACCUUAGAAGGAUCUGUCCGCAGAGUUUGUGAGAUGAAUGGGACAACGUCUCUAGGUGUCUGGACUGGAAGUGACACUCGCUGUGCACUGGUUAGAUGUCCACAUCUCGCUCUCUCAGCAAACACUUUACAGUCAGGCUGUGGGGGUGGAAAAAUACAAAAUGUAUUUGGUGACAAGUGUCUCCUAUAUUGCCAACGAGGAUUUUAUCAAGUCAGUGGAUCAAAAGAAAGAAUCUGUCAAGCCAACGGCACUUGGUCUGGACAGCCCCUACGUUGUCGCGAGGUUGAAUGCUCACCAUUACAUCCUCCAGCUCAUGGCUACGUAAAGCCUGAUGCUUGUAACUCUUCGCCAAAGUUUGGAGUUUCGUGUUACUUUUCCUGCCGUAAAGGUUUUAGACUAGAGGGAGAACCUUUAACUUCUUGUCUCAGCAACGGCGAAUGGUCAACCAACUCCAGUACGCUUUGCAAAGACAGGGAAAGUCCAUCAUUUGGCCAAACCUGUCCCGUUGACUUCAGGAUUACAGCAGACAAAGGAAAGAACUAUACAACUGUAUCUUGGCCCCCAGUAGUUGCUACGGACAACUCUGGUAUCAAUCCAGUUGUUACCUCAAGUGGGGUAACACCCAAGUAUUAUAAAGGAAAGCACUUGGUCGUGUACAACGCGAGUGACCAAGCAGGAAAUUUCAAGAUUUGUCAGUUUUAUAUUUCCGUUGAUGUCACACGAUGCCAAAGAUUGCUUCCUCCAUUCAAUGGCUUUUUCGUCAGCAACUGUGGAGACACCUAUGGUUCAAGAUGCAUAAUGGGAUGUAGUGAGGGGUAUUACCUCAACGGUUCAGCAACUACCACGUGUUUAGUCAAGCCUGGUCAUUUGACAGGGUACUGGGAUACACCGUUUCCUACCUGUAAAAUACGCACGUGCUCCAAACUGAAAGCACCUCCAUCCGGUUAUGUUUCUCCCUACAUAUGUACAAUAUCUCCGGUCAGUGGAACAUACUGCGACUUCGAGUGCAAGUAUGGUUACAAGAUUGUGGGCAAUAUACACAAGGUGCAUUGUAAAAACGAUGGAAAAUGGGAUAAGGGUGACAAACCAACUUUUAAUUGCAAAGAUGUUGUACCACCUCUAUUCUUGAGCUGUCCAUUAGACAUCGCUGUAAGCUUGGAGAACGACUCAAAAGCGGAAGCAAAUUGGACAAUUCCUGUGGCAUCAGACAACAGCAAUCUGGCACCGAUAGUCACCGUCUCACCAAAGGGUAUUCAUCCACCUCACUCGUUUAGCGAAACCACAAGAGUCGACUACACCGCCGUAGAUUCAGCAGGAAACAUUGCAAAAUGCUCUUUUAAAAUAGAAGUAGAAGGUUGGUAAACAUUCGUUGUAAGUUACUUUAUAA